UCUGCUUAUGUUCCCAAAUUUGAGGGUGACUUUGAACUUAUGGCUCCUUUAUUGGACCCAUCAAUGGCUCGCAAAUGGCUGCGCAAUCUUGGCGAAUCGUCUGAUCGAGCUAAGCUGAAAGACUUUUGGGAAAAACAGCUCUUAUCAUUGCAGAGAGAAGUGAAAGAUGCCUUUCAGCCUCUUGCCUACAUGUUAGGCGUCAUGCCCGAAAAUUCCGAUGCUGAGAUGCCCGUUCAAACUGCUAUACGUCUGCUGGGCCACGUGUUUUCUCGCAUCACCAAGAUGAGACGCUCCAACGCCAUGCGCCACUGUGCGCCCAAAUUCUCUACGAUGUUGAUCGAUAAUCGUCUGUUCUCAUCUCGUGAUUACCGUAAUUUGUUUGGCAACAAAUUUAUUGACGCUUUGGAGAAAGAAGCAAUUGCUGAUGCCAAAAUGGAUCAGAUCGGACGCUACGGUGGUCCUUCCAACAGCCGUGGAGGCAAUACUCAUUUCCGCAAAGGCGGAUCCAAUUCUGGUUCUGGCGCCAAUUUCAAAUCCAACGGUAACUGGAACUUCAACAAACCACACUCGUCUAACCGCAACAAGUCUGGCGGACAACAAUUUACCGGCGCUUCUAAUAAUAACAAAGGUAAACGCUUCGUUAACUCCAAGAACGGCUACGGCAAUUAACGUAUCCUUGGCAAGAUUUUGUUCGCGUUCCUCAUCAACACAGAAUUUCUCAUUUUUGGAAGUCAAUCAUGUUUGUGUUUAUUUGUGUCUCUGAAA